AUGUCUUUUUUCAUUUUUUUUUUUUUUUUUUCUUUCUUUUUUUUUUCUUUCUUUCUUUCAUUUUUUUCUUUUCUUUUCCGCCUUUUUCUUUUUUUAUCUUUCUUUCUUUUUUUCUUUCUUUUUUUUUAUCUUUUUUUUUUCUUUCUUUCUUUUUUCUUUCUUUCUUUCUUUCUUUUUUCAUUAUUUUUUCUUUCUUUCUUUCUUUCUUUUUACGGAUUUCUUUUUUUCUUUCUUUUUCUUUCUUUUUCUUUCUUUCUUUCUUUUUUUCUUUCUUUCAAUUCUUUUUUUUAUUUUUUUCUUUUUUUUUUUUUCUUUUCAUUCUUUCUUUCUUUUUUCUUUCUUUCUUUCUUUCUUUCUUUCUUUUUCUUUCUUUUUUCAUUAUUUCUUUCUUUCUUUCUUUCUUUCUUUUUUUAUUUUUCUGCCUUUCUUUCUUUCUUGACUUUCAUUCUUUCUUUCCAUUCUUUCUUUCUUUCUUUCUUUUCUUUCUUUCUUUCUUUCUUUCUUUCAAUUUCCUUUUUAUUUUUUCUUUCUUUCUUUUUUUCUUCACUUCUUUACUUUUUUUUUUUUUUCUUUUUUUUUUCUUUUUUUUCUUUCUUUUCUUUCUUUCAUUUCUUUUUUCCUUCUCUCAAACUUUUUCUUUCUUUCUUUCCUUUCUUUCUUUUUUUCUAA